AUGAUACCCAUAAUCUAUCUAGUGGCCAUCACUCCAUUAGGAUACCUUCUAUGGACAGUGAUUUACAACCUUUACUUUAGUCCACUGUCGAGAUUUCCAGGACCGAAACUUGCCGCAUGUACCAAUCUCCAAAAUCUAUAUUGGACAUCAACAGGGCAGUAUCACUACAAACUCAAAGAGCUCCAUGAUAAGUAUGGAGAUGUAGUUCGGACAGCUCCCAAAUCUCUUGUUUAUCGCAGCCCACAAGCAUGGAAAGAUAUCUACGGCCACCGAAAAUCCGGAGCUGGGUCGUUUCUAAAAGACCCAAAAUUCUAUCUACAGGGACCGAAAGGGCCAAACAUUGUCAACGCCAAUGAUGAAGAUCAUUCAAGGGAAAGGAGAUUGCUCUCGCAUGCCUUCUCUGAAAAAGCCCUACGGGAGCAAGAACCCCUAGUUCAGUCUUAUGUUGACAUGUUAGUGGAGCGACUGAAGGGUGUAAGUUCGUCAUCACGGAAAGCAGUUGACAUGUCUCAGUGGUACAACUUCACCACUUUUGACAUCAUCGGUGACUUGGCCUUUGGCGAACCCUUUGACUGCUUACGGGAAAGCCAAUAUCACCCUUGGGUCAAGAUGAUGUUUAUGAGCAUGAAAGUUUUUGCUUUAUCACGGCCACUGUUAGUCUAUCCUUUUUUGGCGCCCAUUGUCAGGAUGCUUUUACCGAAAAAGCAAAAGAAGAUGCGAGAAGACUCAUUUGCCUUGGCAGCAAACAAAGUCCAUCGUCGAUUGGAGAGCAAGGUUGAACGGCCGGAUUUCAUGACUUACAUUUUGCGAUAUAAUGAUGACAGGUCCAUGACUAUACGGGAAAUAGAAGCAAAUGCUGCCUUGUUAAUUCUCGCUGGAAGUGAAACGACCGCCAGUCUACUCUCCGGAUUCACCUAUUAUAUCGUCGCAAAUCCCUCAGCCUAUCGGAAACUCGUGGAUGAGAUCCGAGGAUCAUUCAAAUCUUAUGAAGACAUAGGUUUCCAAACAGUCGGUCAACUGACUUACCUGAAUGCAGCACUCGAGGAAAGCUUACGGGUCUAUCCACCUGUCCCGUCUAUCAUUCCACGGGUUGUACCUAAAGACGGUGCAUUGAUCGAUGGACAAUUCAUUCCGGAGGAUAUUUCUGUGUCUGGGGCCCACUAUUCAACCUAUCAUUCUGAGUCUCAUUUUGCCGAAGCGGAUUCUUUUAUCCCUGAAAGGUGGCUGGAGAGCAGAGACAAACGCUUUGAGUCGGACCGUCGGGCAGCAGUCCAACCAUUCUCACUUGGGCCCCGUAACUGUCUUGGCAGAAAUCUUGCCUAUGCAGAAAUGCGUCUGAUUGCGGCCAAGGUCUUCUGGAGCUUUGACAUGACUAUGGAUGAAAGUUCAGCUGCUUGGAAUAUCCAGAAAUCUUACAAUAUCUGGGAACGUAAGCCAUUGAUGGUGACCCUAUCCAUGGCACAGCAUUGA